AUGAAUGCGACCUUUGUAGGUGAGACUCAAGCCUCAGUAGCAGAUGAACUCCUGCUCACUACAUGGAUCGGCACUGAUCCGAGGACAGAUGGGAUGCGAAAACCCGUCGUCUCGGGAACUUGCCAAUGGUUGUGCAGGAAGCCUUUAUGGGGUCUCUGGCUUAAUGGGGGUCUUCCGGCACCUUUCCUCAUUACUGGAGCUUCAGGGUCAGGUAAAAGCUCUCUUGUCAGCUUCGUGGUACAGGAAUUAGCAACAUCGUCUCCACAGCCUGUCCUGUACUACUCCUUUAGUGAGACGUGGGGUCCGGCCUACUGCUCAUUAGAACAAUGCCUGAUCAGCAUUCUUGUCCAGAUUCGUCCUCACGAUUGCGGUACGGCACGAAGCGCCGUUCGAGACUUGCUAGGGAAAAAAAAAGCUCACUACCCAGAUAUACAUCAUUGUCCGUACCCAGAAUUGCUAGGGCUUGUCGAACAAGUUCUUAAACACUACCCUGCCUACUGCUUAAUAAUUGACGGACUGGACAGCUGCGUAACGGACCGACCAUCAUUCUACCAAUUUCUGACGAAUGUCAGUGCUAGGAACACGGUGGCUGUCAUGGCAACAUGCAGGAAUGCUGAAUCUUUAGGGUCUUGUGCUAAACCCACGCUAGACUUGGAAACUUGUGUUGAAGAAAGGCGCCAGGAUCUCGAAAUCUUUGUGAGGCACGCAGUCAGAAGACAGAUGGAUGUGGAACCCGAGCAGCAUCCAACAUGGUUACAGACAAUCGUCCACAAUACCCUAGCUCACAGCCAAGACAGCUUUCUGCAUGCAAAGUUGCUCGUUGAUCUCUUCCAUGAUCGGAGCACUCUUCGGGAGAUCUUAGAAGUCAUCAGCCGUGCAGGGCGCUGCUACAACGCGUACUACGAACAAAUUCUGCAGUCCAGCGACGCAAAACUGAGAGAUUCACUGAGCAGGAUCGAGCGGCGACAGAACAUCUUGCGUCUGUUGGCUGUCGCCCAAGAACCCUUGACCUUAAAGCAAAUAAACGAGUUCCUGGCGGCGAAGGAUGAUGUAUUGAUGAGCAAUGAGGAUGACUUCGUUCUCAAUAUCGCCAAGGAGGUCGAAGAGCUUUGUGGGUCGUUCGUCACUAUCGCGAGUUCGCAUCGAGUUACGUUCUUUCACGCUACAGCCAAGGACUUCUUUGUCAAGCGCUUUUGGGCUGCGGGUGACGAAGCGAAUUUAUAUCUUGCUAGAAAGUGCCUCUAUGUGCUUAGCCAACCGUCAUACCGGCACCCCGACACAGCAGCAAAACUUCUUCGUCAGCAUUUGAUGCCACGCGAGCUCAAGAGCGCUAAUCUCGAUGACGACUCGCCUUCACCAGCUUAUCGAUAUGCCGCAUUGUACUUCUACAGACACGUUACAACGCUAUCAUCUCCUCCUUCAGAUCUUGUGUCGAGGUUAGGUCGAUUCCUACAGGGCACUGAAUUUGUGACCUGGUCUGAGUUUACAUUCGAAUUCAAGCCCCAAAAUGGUUUCGGCACCCAGAUAGAUGCUCAGAGUUCGUUGUCCAAGUGGUCAGCGACCUUGCCUCCAGCUGAUCAACGGGAUAUUCAAAUGGACCAGUACUUUGUGACUGCUCAUAUAUUGUUAUCUUCGAUUCUUGGAGACGACUCGAACAACGGAGUACUGCAAUACCUCCCUCGUAUGCGGCUCGGCGACUUUCUCAAUGCUGCGGGACAAUCGAUGAAGGAUUUGGAGGAUGCCUACAAGCAGAAACAGAUAGUCUUUAACGGUCUUUCUGCUCUCCUGCCAGAGAAGGACCCAUUUUUGCUGCAGGCAAAGGCGUCCUUGCUGCAAGAGUACUUCUGGCAAAAGCGCUAUUCAGAAGCGUUGCACAAGUUGCGGCGACUUUAUGAACUCCAAAAGGAAGUUGACGGGAUUUCUCCAGAUGCCAGAUUCGUGACAGCAUGGAUGAUAGCCGCUGCCCUUAUCGCACUUGGCCAGUAUGCCGAGGCCGAGACAAUCAUAUCAGAGACAUUAGAACAGGUAAGAGAAUUGUACACUGAGAAGUAUAGAUUCUUCAACACGUUGCUCCUGCUCGACGGCACACGACUCGAACGCGUCAACGAUCUGGUCAAGGCGGCUGCUACGUACUCUGCUGCACUAGAGACAAUGACAGAGAUAUCGGGUCCCGAUAACACAUUUGUAUACAUUCUAAGAACUGCCCUUGGGGCUGUGCAACGAAAACGGGGCGACUAUGUCCUCGCGGAAGAGAACCUCCUCAAGGGUUGGGGUGGGCGACAAAUUACCUCUAACAUUAGCGUCAAUGCCUGUCUCGAUGCAGCGCUUCAACUAGCAGCGCUAUAUCGAGACAAGGGUGAUACGGCGGAGUGUUUGAAACUUUUGGACUCGGUUCACAGGUCAACCGUUUUCGAAGAUGAUUUCGAGCGAAACUGCCAAUUGGUCCAUAUCCGCAAUUUAGCACGAUUUGAAGAAGGCGAAUAUGCUACCGCAAAACAUUCCCUCAUUGAGCUGGUCAACUCAGCGACUGGCAAAGAUCGGGAGAGAAACAACCGUGAACUGCUCUGGGUCCGUAUCGACCUGGCUGACGUGAUGCGCCAACACGGCGAUGAGGCUGGCGAGGCCUUGAUGCUAUUCUCCGAACUUGUCAUCCCAAUCACCCCAACAGAAAUACAGGACGAGCCGGAAAUGCCAGCGCAGCUUGAGAUUGCAGAGCGAGCUUUGCGACUAGUUCGAAAUGCUCAAUUUGCCGAAAGCGAAGAUCUACUUCAACGGGAAGGACUUCGCUGGUUACGACCAGCUGACUUUUACUUUCUGAUCCAGGGCGGUCCUGCCUUGGACACUUCUGUCAUUGCACCUGUCAAAAUAGGCGAAGCAAAACAGAUAGCCUGA